GCGCCCAGCUGGCGUCACCAGGACAACGGGCGUUGCCGGCGCCUUGUGACUUCGGGCUGUGGGCGCGCUCGCUGCUCUUCGGCCAUGGUUUUCUCAAAUAAUGAUGAAGGACUUAUUAACAAAAAGUUACCCAAAGAACUCCUCUUAAGAAUAUUUUCCUUCUUGGAUAUAGUAACUUUGUGCCGAUGUGCACAGAUUUCCAAGGCCUGGAACAUCUUAGCCCUGGAUGGAAGCAACUGGCAAAGAAUAGACCUUUUUAACUUUCAAACAGAUGUAGAGGGUCGAGUGGUGGAAAAUAUCUCCAAGCGAUGUGGUGGAUUCCUGAGGAAGCUCAGCUUGCGAGGCUGCAUUGGUGUUGGGGAUUCCUCCCUGAAGACCUUUGCACAGAACUGCAGAAACAUUGAACAUUUAAACCUCAAUGGGUGCACCAAAAUCACUGACAGCACAUGUUAUAGCCUUAGCAGAUUCUGUUCCAAGCUGAAACAUCUAGAUCUGACCUCCUGCGUGUCCAUUACAAACAGCUCCUUAAAGGGGAUCAGUGAGGGCUGCCGAAACCUGGAAUACCUGAACCUCUCUUGGUGUGACCAGAUCACGAAGGAUGGCAUUGAGGCACUGGUGCGAGGUUGUCGAGGCCUGAAAGCCCUGCUCCUGAGAGGCUGCACACAGUUAGAAGAUGAAGCUCUGAAACACAUUCAGAAUUACUGCCAUGAGCUUGUGAGCCUCAACUUACAGUCCUGCUCACGCAUUACAGAUGAAGGUGUCGUGCAGAUAUGCAGGGGCUGCCAUCGGCUACAGGCUCUGUGCCUUUCUGGCUGCAGCAACCUCACGGAUGCCUCUCUCACGGCCCUGGCUUUGAACUGCCCAAGACUUCAGAUUUUGGAGGCUGCCCGAUGUUCCCAUUUGACUGAUGCAGGCUUUACACUUUUAGCUCGGAAUUGCCAUGACCUGGAGAAGAUGGAUCUUGAAGAAUGCAUCCUGAUCACCGACAGCACACUCAUCCAGCUCUCUGUCCACUGUCCUAAACUGCAAGCCCUGAGUCUGUCCCACUGUGAGCUCAUCACAGAUGAUGGGAUCCUGCACCUGAGCAACAGCACCUGCGGUCACGAGAGGCUGCGGGUACUGGAACUGGACAAUUGCCUCCUCAUCACUGACGUGGCCCUGGAGCACCUGGAGAACUGCCGCGGCCUGGAACGCCUCGAGUUGUAUGACUGCCAGCAGGUUACCCGCGCAGGCAUCAAGCGGAUGCGGGCUCAGCUCCCUCAUGUCAAAGUCCAUGCCUACUUUGCUCCUGUCACCCCCCCGACAGCAGUGGGAGGAAGUGGACAGCGACUGUGCAGGUGCUGUGUCAUUCUCUGACGGCGACUGCCUGAGUCCAAGGCACGAUGAGGUGUCCCUUCCUCCAGAGAAGACCCGGGUCUUCCUGCUCCGCCUUCACCCAGAUCUCUUGGUUCUCCAUUGGGAAAGAUAUUUACAGGUAAAAGACUUCAGUAGGGACUGCAGUAACUCUGGUGAUAGUUUUCACCUUCAUUCUGCUACAAUACAAUCGAAUGAAAGCCUUGUGUCUGCCAGCACAUGGCAAGAGUGGUCUCAGCACAGCCUGGACCACAAAGGGGACCUGGAUCUCUUAAGAGGUGGGUGCCUUCUUAGGUACCAACAUCCUGCCGUUGGCUUUGUCAGCGCUCCUUAGACCAUCAGUGUUAGCACAAACCGAGCAGAAAGACUAAGCUGUUGAUUUUCUACCUGAUACUGAAGCCAGUGGCCUACUUUAAUUCACAGUGAUUUCAUUUGGAUUAGCAGGACUUUUCCACUUUGAAGAUGAAAUAGUAACUUUCUCAAAGUGACCUGUACUGCAAAUUCGUGAUGCCUGAGAGUUUUAUACGUAGAGACUUAGGUGGGAGGCAAGUUAGGUUGCCAUGAGACACCAAAGAAAUGAGGACUCUGAACUGGGUGGAGCAGGGCCUUCACCUUUCUGUUUCUGUCAACUUGUCAUACACUCUUUCGGGGACCAAAAGCUAGACAAAAACAACCGAGUCCGUGUUGCCUGACUGGAAGUAAGCUGUGGCAGGUGCUACCACAGAGUGCAUUUUUGUUCUAGGAGAAAAGCUAAUCGUGUCAUCUCUCACAAAAUUUGGGGGACCUUAAAGAAAUAGAAUUAAGGCUUAAGUUAUCUAUAAUAUAUAUAAUCAAUUAAAAAUAAUGAAUGGA